UAAGGUCAAAAAUAUUAAAAUUUACUUGUUUAUAUAUUUAAUAUACAUUUAACUGCAGGUGCAGGGGUGCACACCUGCACAGUGGACCCUGGGGCAGGAGUGUCCAGGGUUCUAGGCCAUCUUAGGCCAUCUUGAGCUCCAUUAACAGUCUAAAAAUAGUUUAUUCACGGGCAGGAGAGAUAGGGCUCAGUGGCAGAAGACGCAGGGCUUGGCUCCCAGCAGCACUUAUGGUAGCUCAGGACGGUCUGCCAGUCGGGUUUCAGCGGGCCCAAUGCCUUCUGGCCUCCUCUGGCAUGGGAUGAAGGGGGGGACAUAUCUUUGCUAUUCGCAAACAGGACAGGCGCAAACAGAAUUUUUCAGAGAUGUUUCCUGAUUUUAUUUUCUCGACACUGCACAAAGGUAUUAUUAACGUUAUGGUUGCCUAUGGAAAUUACGGUGCCACAGACUAAAAAAACUGUUGCACCCAGAGGGAAAGGCUCUGGCGCAUUCCCUUGGCAGAUGUUAUCACGCUCUCAUUCCCUAAAACAUGCUCUUUAAAACUGGUCGCAAAUUGGGGACCCAUGGGAUAAGUUCAGCCUAUAUAAGUGUUUGGCUUUUUAUACAGUUAGACGCCCUUUCUCAGUGAUAUUUAAAGAUUUUGCGCAUAAACCACCACCUGGGUUUCUACCUUCCCUCUAAAAAACAGGUGGCACUUCAUCAUUAGCAUAUUAGCUCCCUCGCUGCCCGGGAUGUUGCCCUCUUCUACCUCUACCAUUUAAGCCAGCUCGUUUGGAAAAGACUCCGGCGGCUCAUGACUUACAGGCGGCCUGGCGCAGCCGUUGUGAGAGGGUAACUGACUUCCAACCGGAGUCCUGCGGGAAGAGGCUGGGUCAAUCACAGCCUGGAGCCUCAGUUUCCCUAGCCGUAAAACCGGCCGAUAACUCAGCGUAAGCGAUCAGGAAUGUUGAUUGAGCAACCAAACGGCUGGGCACGAACACGGGGCCCCGAGGCGCACCCCUGCGACAGAGGCCGGCGUCCGGAGGCCCCUCCUGGCAUCCGGCGGGGAGUCCCGAACCCCGCACCCGCCGCGCUCUCGGCCCUCCCGUCGGGGGCCCCCGCGCCCCGCCGAGGUUGGCCCCUGCCUGGCGCAGAGAGGCGUGGCCGGCCCUCGAGCCCGCGGCGGCGGCCAUGGCCUCGGUGGUGGAAUACAAGGGCCUGAAGGCCGGCUACCACUGCGGCUACUGCGCGUCCAGGGAGGGCAAGACGUCGUGUGGCAUGUGGGCACACUCUUUGACAGUACAGGAUUAUCAGGAUCUCAUAGACCGAGGAUGGAGAAGAAGUGGGAAAUAUCUGUAUAAACCUGUCAUGAAUAAAACAUGCUGUCCUCAGUACACAAUAAGGUGUCGCCCUUUACAGUUUCAACCAUCAAAAUCUCACAAGAAAGUUUUGAAAAAAAUGCUGAAGUUUCUGGCUAAAGGGGAGAUUUCGAAAGGCAGUUGUGAGGAUGAACCCAUGGAUUCUACAAUGGAGGAUGCUGUUGCUGGUGACUUUGCAUUAGUAAACAAGUUGGAUAUAAAGUGUGAUCUUAAAACACUCAGCAGUGACCUCAAAGGAGGCAUAGAGAGUGAAGAGAAGAAGAAGGAAAAUAGUUUAAAAAAGGAAGGAUCUAAGGAAUUAAUUCAUCCACAAGCUAUAGAGGAGAAGUUAGGUUCUGGUGAACCAUCGCAUUCAAUCAAAGUUCAUAUUGGUCCUAAGCCAGGUAAAGGGGCUGAUUUGAGUAAGCCUCCCUGCCGAAAAGCAAAAGAAAUGCGGAAAGAAAGGAAAAGGUUAAAACUCAUGCAGCAAAACUCAGCUGGAGCCUUUGAGGGUUUCCAGGCUCAAGGUCAGCCAGCAUCUUUGUUACCAAAGGCUAAAUCCAAUCAGCCCAAGUCACUUGAAGAUUUAAUUUUUGAAUCUUUACCAGAGAAUGCGUCACACAAGUUAGAGGUGAGGGUGGUGAGAUCUUCUCCACCAAGUCCUCAGUUCACAGCCACAUUUCAGGAGUCUUACCAGGUCUAUAAGCGUUACCAGAUGGUUAUUCACAAGGACCCACCUGAUAAACCAACUGUGAGCCAGUUCACAAGAUUCCUUGUUGACUCACCAUUGGAGGCAGAGUACCCUGCUAAUGGACCGGAGUGUGGUUAUGGCUCCUUUCACCAGCAGUACUGGCUCGAUGGGAAGAUCAUUGCUGUUGGUGUGAUCGACAUCCUCCCAUACUGUGUGUCUUCCGUGUAUCUGUACUAUGAUCCUGACUACUCAUUUCUGUCUUUGGGUGUCUAUUCAGCAUUAAGAGAAAUUGCUUUUACUAAACAACUGCAUGAGAGAGCAUCGCAACUCAGCUAUUACUAUAUGGGCUUCUACAUUCAUUCCUGUCCCAAGAUGAGAUACAAGGGUCAGUAUAGACCUUCUGAUUUGCUGUGUCCUGAGACGUAUGUCUGGGUACCCAUUGAGCAGUGCCUGCCUUCUCUUGACAACUCCAAAUACUGCCGUUUCAACCAGGACCCACAAGCAGUGGAUGAAGGCCGCAGUAAGGACCUUAACCGACUACGGGUACUGCACAGGCGAUCCACCAUGCCUUAUGCUGUUUAUAAGAACUACCAAGAAGACCCGAGUGAGGAGGAGGGUGUCCUGGAGUAUGCCAACCUUGUGGGGCAGAAGUGCGCCGAGAGGAUGCUGCUGUUCAGAAACUGACAGCCUGCCCCAUAGCCCAGCACCAGCCUGGGUACCUGGUCACUGUCCUGCAUAUCUUGGCUUCUGCAGCCACUCACCAAGUACAUUCUUAGAGCUUUUAAAAAAUAUUUUGUGGAAUUGUAUUUAUGAGAAUCUUGUGGUUAAUAUAAAGAUUUUAAAAUACACUAUGAUCUAGCCCCUUAAUUGGGACUUGUCCUUUUGGAGUUUGCUUCUGGAACAAGGUAUGCUAAAUGUCUCCAGUAAAUAUUCUGGGGAGGAAAGUGAAGAAAUGAGUCUAAAGAAUUUCCUCACAUUACUGUUUUUGUCCUGGAAAAAAGGCUAACAGAAAAGAUGGUUCUCAACCUGUGGGGUCGCAACCCCUACAGGGGUUGUAUA